AUGCGCGCGGUGGGCGCCAGCGCGGGAAGCCGGCGGCGGGGGCUCGGGCUGGGGCUCGGGCUGGCGCUGGCUGUGUGCGCUCUGCUGGCGGGGCAGGCGCUCGCCACCGAGCUCCAGCAGGUCACCUGCGGCUCGGUGCUCAAGCUGCUCAACACCCGGCACAACGUCCGCCUGCACUCGCACGACGUCAAGUACGGCUCCGGAAGUGGGCAGCAGUCAGUGACUGGAGUGGAGGCUUCAGAUGACGGCAACAGUUACUGGCGAGUGCGAGCCAAGCCAUCCCAGGUGUGCCAGCGAGGACUGCCCAUCAGAUGUGGCCAACAAAUACGACUGACUCACGUGAACACUGGAAGGAACCUGCACAGUCACCACUUCCAGUCGCCACUUUCUGGAAACCAGGAGGUGAGUGCUUUUGGUGAGAACGAGGAAGGGGAUGAUCUGGACGUGUGGAUAGUUCAGUGUAGCGGGAUACACUGGGAGCGAGACGACCAUGUGCGUUUCAAACAUGUGGGCACCGAGGUCUUCCUGACCGUAACAGGCGAGCAGUUUGGCCACCCCAUCCGCGGACAACGGGAGGUACAUGGCAUGUCCAGCCCCAACCGUGACGGGUACUGGACAGUCAUGGAGGGCGUCUUCAUCAAACCCAGCGCAGAGCCAUUCAGGCACGACGAACUAUAGCCCUGUACUGCCGGGACACUGAGGUCAGUAAGAGAAAAUAAAUGGAAAGUGGCCUUUGACAUUGGAUGACACCUUGAGCCAUAGUUUGUAAAGUUAUCUCUUCACUGCAAAGCAAGAUUGUACUGUACAUUUUUUUUCUAUAUUUGAAUUUCUAAAGAAAUAAACAGAAUUAUUUAAAUGAAA